AUGGAGACGAAAAAUUCAAAUGCAUUCGUCCUCAAAGAGCUUAACAUUUUAAACUAUGAUCACAUUACAAUGGUACCACCUUAUGCCAGAGGAGGAGGUGGUUUAGCACUACUAUGGAAGAAGGAAGUUGAGCUAAAAAUUCUAUACCAAUGUGACAAUUUCAUCGAUACAGAAGUACGCUUUCAAGGGAAGAUAUUCAUGGCUACCUUUGUGUAUGGAGAGCCCGAAAAAGCGAAUAGAAAGGAAAUUUGGACAGCAAUCACAGAGAGAACUGCAGGCAGAGAUUUACCUUGGUUUUUAACCGGCGAUUUUAAUGAGAUUCUCGACAACUCUGAGAAGAGAGGAGGUCCGCCACGAGCUGAGAGCUCCUUUGUAGAUUUCAGAUCAUUCAUGUCGGAGUGUGAUCUAUACGAUCUGAGAUACUCCGGCAAUUUCCUAUCCUGGAGGGGAAUUAGAUACAAAUACAACGUAAAGUGUCGGCUAGAUAGAGCAAUGGCGAUAGUGCGUGGAUCGAGACUUACCCUUCCGGAAGAAGUGAGUAUCUAG